GUAAAGAGAUCAAGAACUUCAAUGCUUCUUCUAAUUGCUUGUGUUUGGCUUUUGGUCAUGAYGAGAGUAUUGUUGCCAUGGGUUUCUCUGAUACCACUGUGCAGGUACAGUUGUGGAAUACUAGUACAUAUGCAAGUCUUGGCAYGUUUAGAGGACAUACUGGUUGGGUACAUUCUGUAGCUUUUUCUGCUAAUGGUUGUAGCUUAGUGACAGGUUCUGAUGAUGAAACAGUCAAGAUAUGGUCAGUGGAUUCUAAUGUUGCAAAUGAUGUGACCUCGCUGAGAAGGAUAUUUGAUGCCUUUUUUGGUAAUGGUGAUGUUUUAGUUGCUGUCACAGACACCUUAAAUAAGCUUUUGCUAUAUAAAGGUUACAAUGGAUAUUUGACACAUCAUGYAAGGUUCUCCAUUCUUUCCACAACCAUGACAAACGAGURCGACGACUGRCAUUCAGAAGUAAUGGUAAAGAGUUGAUAUCAGCUUCAGAUGAUUUCAGUUGUAAGAUGUUCUCCCUAAAGCCCAGUUAUGGGUUUAUUUUUUCACUUGAUGGCCACACAGACAAGAUAAAGCACUGUAGAUUCUUUGAUGAGGAUCGCAAGGUAGUGACAGCAUCGCUAGAUGGUACCUUAAAGGUCUGGGAAGCACAGACAGGCACACUUGACUACACGUGUUGUCAUAGCAGCAAGGAUUAUUUGUUGACAUGUGAUGUGUCCGCUGACUGUACAAAACUUGUGUCUGCAUCGGUGGAUUGCUUUGCAAAGGUGUGGGACGCUUCUAAUGGAGAUCUACUUCACUCUCUUGGUCCACAUAACGAUGUCGUUAGGUCUGUGUCAAUCUCGAGGGACAGCAAUUAUUUGUGCACAGGAUGUGAUGAUGGUAGUGUAAGGGUUUGGGAUAUCCAUAGUGGAGUAGCUUUGUCUGAAACACCAAAGCAGAAUGGAUGGAUCACAGACUGUCACUUUUCUACAGAUGGAAAGACUAUAGUCUCAGUUAGUGAUAAUGUUCAUUGGUGGAGCAGUGAAUGCGUCCUCAAACAAGUUUUCUUCAUCAAAGGUGGUUUUGCAAAAGACAUAUGCUAUUCAGAUGACUUCAAGACUUUUGUCAUGGUGGACGACACGUCAUCUCUGUUCAUUUUAAGAAGAAUUUGAGCAGACUUACCUUUGAAUAAGAACYAUGAAACAAUGMGAAAAAACACGGCAAUCCUUGAAUUUACCCCUCCCCCUAGUAAAGGUUUUUCAAAUUGAYUUUCAAACAGUGCUCUUCAAMUGUACAAAUUCAGAUAGAAUGCAAAAGCACAAACAAGUACUAACCAAAUUGUGACAAUAGAAAAGAAAGACAAUAGAGAAAAAAAGACAAUAUAAAAGAAAGGAUUUCACAACAUUCAGUGUAAUUUUUCUUAGCUUUUAGCAUUUGCAAUCUCACUAUUUAGAAUGGAAGUUAAUGUUCUUGGCUUCCAAUAAAAGAAAAACAGCCAAAAUAUGCCAUACUACUUUCUUGGUCUUCUAACUUCUCAGAUAAGCAAACUUGGUAUAAUGGCUCUAAUAAUAAUAAAGAAUUUUGUCUUAAUUUCCAGUAUUGAAAAUCUAAAAUAAUUAUAAAGUACAUGUAGUUAGGUUUGUAUUCAAGUAUCUUGCAAUAUUAUAAUUGCUAAUUGAAAUAGUUCAGAAUAUUAUAAUAUAUAAGUCUAGUGAGAUACACAUUACAAAACUUAGGAAAACUUCUUGUAAUGCAAAUAAACGCUUUUUUGCUACUGCA